AUGUGGUUACAUGUGGCUGCAGGUGGCUCUAAGCUGGCUCUAGGCGAGACGGGACCUCCGUUGUACUCCGUCGCCAAACAGAUGAAAAGAGGAGACCUCCGAUGUCUGCGGUCGGAGAUGGAUAAAACAAAGGAGGUUGAUCCUACGGGAUCGCAGGUUGUGCACCAUGUAGAUCCAGUGUUGGAUCCAGAGAAUCAGCAUCACCAUGCUCAUCAGAAUCAUACUGCCUUCGCUGAGCAGGGACGUCAGGAUGAAGUGGUUUACUCCAAGGACGUCCAAUUCGAGAAAGGGAUGCCUGAAGCGACCACCGAUCAACGCAGCUCCAACGACGAAGAAGCCGGCGAGAAUCUCCCAGCCAAACGCACCUGGUAUCGCCGCGCGUUAAAACAAUGGAGACAUGCGGCCCAUGCUGUGGUUUGGCUUCUGUUUACCGGCUGGUGGAUUGCUGGCCUAAUUUUACAUCGACAUGAUAUAGGAUGGCUCAUUCCAUUCCUGCUCUAUCUCGCCAUCACACUACGAAUCAUCUUCUUCUAUGUCCCCAUUACUAUUAUCUCAAAGCCCAUGCACUGGAUUUGGGAACGGACUGCUCAUCCUUUCGUGCGCGUGAUCCCGGAGAAGCUGAGAACACCCAGUGCCGCCUUGCUAUGCAUCGGUGUGAUUCUCAUUGGCGCCUUUGCGUCCGAAGAGUCAGAGGACAACACCCGCGCCAAUCGUGCAGUCAGUCUAUUCGGAAUGGUAGUCUGCAUCUUUGGACUAUGGGUCACAUCUCGAAACCGCAAGAAGAUCCUCUGGCACACUGUCAUUGUCGGCAUGCUGGCGCAAUUCAUUAUUGCUCUGUUCGUGCUCCGUACCAAGGCAGGCUACGAUAUCUUCAACUUCAUCUCCGGUCUAGCCACUGAUCUGCUUGGUUUCGCUGCCGACGGAGUCAUCUUCCUGACCAGCACGGACUUCUACCACUUCCAAGACGGUUUUGCCCCAGCGAAUUUCUUCAUCAUCAGCGUCAUCUCCGCCAUCAUCUUCUUCGUCGCCUUCGUCCAGCUCUUGUAUCACUGGAAUAUCCUGCAGUGGUUCAUCGGCAAGUUCGCCGUCUUCUUCUUCUGGAGCAUGCGUGUCUCCGGUGCCGAAGCUGUGGUCGCUGCCGCAUCCCCCUUCAUUGGACAGGGUGAAUCUGCUAUGCUGAUCCGUCCCUUCAUCGCUCACCUUACCAUGGCCGAGCUGCACCAAGUCAUGUGCUCUGGCUUCGCUACCAUCGCCGGAAGUGUCCUGAUUGCUUACAUCAGUAUCGGUGUCAACCCACAGGCAAUGGUCAGCGCUUGUGUCAUGAGUAUUCCCGCCUCGCUCGCAGUCUCGAAGAUGCGCUGGCCCGAAGAGGAAGAAACCCUCACUGCAGGCCGUGUCGUUGUCCCGGAGGACGAGGAUCACCGCUCCGCCAAUGCCCUCCAUGCAUUCACCAGCGGUACCUGGCUCGGUCUGAAGAUUGCUGCCAUGAUUGCAUCAACUCUCCUGUGUAUCAUCGCUCUUAUUGGUCUCGUCAACGGCCUUCUCACCUGGUGGGGCCGAUACCUGAAUAUCAACGACCCCCCACUGACCCUCGAGCUGAUCGUCGGAUACAUCUGCUACCCGAUUGCCUUCCUGCUCGGUGUCUCUCGUGACGGUGACUUGCUCAAGGUUGGAAAGUUGAUUGGUACCAAACUCGUUACCAACGAAUUCGUCGCCUACGACGCCCUACAACACAAUGCCGAAUACGCAGAUCUCUCCGACCGCUCUCGCCUCAUCGUUACAUACGCGCUCUGUGGAUUCGCCAAUAUCGGCUCUCUCGGUAACCAGAUUGGUGUGCUGUCGCAGAUUGCGCCUGGUCGCGCAAACGAUGUCUCGCGUGUUGCAUUCAGCGCUAUGAUCACUGGAGCUAUCAGUACUUUCACUAGUGCGACCAUUGCUGGCUUGUUGAUUACCAACGAGAAGCAGUACUUCAGCAAACCCACUUAG